GCCGAAGUUGGUGGCGCGAUGGGGAACGAACGCUGGAAAACCAUGGGAGGAGCCUCGCAACUUGAGGACGGGCAGCAGGAGAAACCGCAGAGGAUGAGCUGUGGCUACGUGCUGUGCACCGUCCUGCUCUCGGUGGCCGUCCUCUUGGCAGUGACAGUGACAGGGGCCAUCCUCUUCAUGAACCACUACCACACACCCGUCACCGAGCCUCCGCCAGUCAUCAGCACCAACCCCGAGGAGGCCAACGCGUUGGUGACCAUCGAGAAAGCCGACAGCUCCCGCAUCAACAUCUUCAUAGAUCCCAACUGCCCCGACCCGGCGGGCAGCGUCGGGCGCCUGGAGGGGCUGCAGGGCUCCCUGCUGCGCGCCCUCGCCGAGCACGAUGCUGAGGCCAAGGCCACCAAGGGCCAGCAGAAGGCCCUGCUGCUUGGCGUGGCCGACGAGGUGGCCAAGCUGGUGACGCACGCAGCGCAACUGCGAGCUGACUGCGAUGGCCUCAAGAAGGGGCACAGUGCUAUGGGACAGGAGCUCAGUGCCCUGCAGAGCGAGCAGGGCAGGCUCAUCCAGCUCCUCUCAGAGAGCCAGACCAACAUGGCCCGGCUGGUGAGCUCAGUCAGUGAUGUGCUGGACACGCUGCAGAAGGAGCGUGGCGGCGUCCGGCCCCGGCUCAAGGCUGACCUGCAGCGAGCCCCAGCACGGGGAGCACGGCCUCGUGGCUGCUCCAAUGGCUCCCGGCCCCGGGACUGCUUUGACAUCUAUGUGAGCGGACAGCAAGAGGAUGGGAUUUACUCCAUUUUCCCCACACAUUACCCCUCGGGCUUCCAGGUCUACUGCGACAUGACGACCGACGGGGGCGGCUGGACGGUGUUCCAGCGACGGGAGGACGGCUCUGUGAACUUCUUCCGUGGUUGGGAAGCCUACCGGGACGGCUUUGGGAAGCUGACAGGAGAGCACUGGUUAGGGCUGAAGCGGAUCCACGUGCUGACGGUGCAGGGCAGCUACGAGCUGCGCGUUGACCUGGAGGACUUCGACAACGGCACCGCCUUCGCACACUACGGCAGCUUUGGUGUGGGGCUCUUCUCUGUUGACCCCGAGGAGGACGGGUACCCCAUCUCCAUCGCCGACUACUCGGGGACGGCAGGAGAUUCCUUCCUGAAGCACAAUGGGAUGAAGUUCACCACCAAGGACCUGGAUAACGACCACUCAGAGAACAACUGCGCGGCGUUCUACCACGGCGCCUGGUGGUACCGCAACUGCCACACCUCCAACCUCAACGGGCAGUACCUCAAGGGCCACCACAGCUCCUAUGCUGAUGGCAUCGAGUGGUCCUCCUGGACCGGCUGGCAGUACUCCCUCAAGUUCACUGAGAUGAAGAUCCGGCCCGUCCGGGAGGAGAAUUAA